CACGACGCGAUACGUCGUAACAGCCUCGCAACUUCUUCGGUUUUUUUAAAAAAAGAAGUCAAGUGGCGCUUUCACAGCACUGACAAACGGACAUUUGGAGAUGCCUUCACUGGUUUUGUGACAGCGGACAGCGCCGGGUCUGAUGGGGGGCGUGAAGUUUACCGGCUGCCGGUGGUAACACCGAGGGUGGGAGCGUUUUAACCCGGAGAAGCAACAGGAGGUUGAGGUGGACGAACAUGGCGGACAGAUGCAGGCUUCCAGCUGCCGAAUAAACGUUGGGCAAAGCGAAACUGAAGACGAAGGACGGCUGCCGGGUGACUCGUCACGUAUUUCAGCGUUACAUGGAUAGCUGGGUCCCUACAGGACUGUAAAAGCCCUCCGCUAAAGCCGUAUGGCGUCCACUCAAGCCCGGAUAGGCCAGCAGGCCUUGGUGGUGCUGGAUGUGGCUCUGCGAGUUCCAUGUAUUUUUAUUAUCGACGCCAUUUUUAACUCUUACUACGACCCUGGCUCGGGAUGGGCCGGGGCGAUGGGGAAGGUGUUGGUCAGAGUCAUGGGUGUCCUCAUCUCCACUGUGGUGCUGCUGCUUUCUCAGAAAGCCUUGUUUAAGUUCUACACUCUAUUCUUUGCUGUCCUCCUUGGCAUGGCAGCAGUCCUCAUAAACUACUACGCCACCUCCCACAUGGACUUCUACAACGCCUACUACAAAGCAGCGUUGGGCUUCAGGUUGCUGCCUAGAAACGGGCCGACGCUGUGGCUGGGCAUGGCCGCCGUCCAGCUCGUCUUUGGGAUUGGCUAUGUGUUCUUGCUUAACCUCCAGUCGGUGUUUGCUGCGCUGGUGGUCCUGGACAUCAUGAUUCCUCUGUGGGGGCUGAUGAUUGAACUUCCUGCAGAUGUCAGGCAUCUGGUGGCAAUGUUCUCGGGCCUGGUGCUGGCUCUCAGCACGGCCGUUUGCCUCGCCACGAGGCUCAAAUGGUUCUACUAUUCAUGCCGGUACGUCUACCUGCUCGUACGGCACAUGUACAGGAUCUAUGGACUCCAGCUGCUGCUGGAAGACACGUGGAAGAGGAUCAGGUUCCCUGAUGUGCUUCGAGUGUUCUGGCUGACCCGGGUAACAGCCCAGGCACUGAUACUGGUUUACGUGGUGCAGGCGGUGGGGAGAGAGAGCGGAGAUGCCACAGGUGGAGCUGCAGAUGGGAGCUCUGAUGCACAGAGUUACCUGCUGAGCUGGGAUGUGUUCUGGGAUCUCACGAGUAACCUGAUCAUCUCCGGCUGCGACUCCACGCUCACUGUGCUGGGGAUGAGUGCCGUUAUCUCCUCUGUUGCACAUUACCUGGGCCUCAGCAUCCUGGCUUUCAUAGGUUCGACUGAGGAGGAGGACAAGCGGUUAGGCUUUGUGGCUCCUGUCCUGUUUUUCAUCCUGGCUCUUCAGACUGGCCUCAGCAGCCUGGAUCCUGAGGAACGUCUGGUCCGCCUAAGCCGGAACAUGUGCCUUCUGCUGACCGCCAUCCUGCACUUCAUUCAUGGCAUGACUGACCCCGUCCUCAUGUCCCUCAGUGCUUCCCAUGUCUCCUCUUUUCGGCGGCAUUUCCCCGUCCUGCUGGUGUCCCUGGCGCUCUUUGUACUCCCCGUGGUGCUCAGCUACGCCCUCUGGCAUCACUACGUCCUCAACACAUGGCUCUUUGCUGUCACCGCCUUCUGUGUUGAGCUCUGCCUCAAGGUGGUUGUGUCUUUGACCGUCUACGGCCUCUUCAUGGCUGACGGAUUCUCCAAUGUCCUGUGGGAGAAGCUGGAUGACUACGUCUACUACGUGCGCUCCACGGGCAACAUCAUCGAGUUCCUGUUCGGCGUCAUCAUGUUCGGAAACGGCGCCUACACCAUGAUGUUCGAGUCAGGCAGCAAGAUCCGCGCCUGCAUGAUGUGCCUGCACGCUUACUUUAACAUCUACCUGCAGGCCAAGAACGGCUGGAAAACGUUCAUCAACCGCCGCACUGCCGUCAAGAAGAUCAACUCCCUGCCGGAGGUGCGCGGCGACCAGCUGAGGAACAUCGAGGACGUGUGCGCCAUCUGUUAUCAGGAGUUCGCCACCUCAGCCCGCCUCACGCCCUGCCACCACUACUUCCAUGCACUGUGCCUGAGGAAGUGGCUCUACAUCCAGGACACGUGCCCCAUGUGCCACCAGAGAGUUUACGUUGAGGAGGAGAGUAGAGACAGAGCUGCCUUUUCCAAUAACAACGGGGGCUACGCACCGCCGCAGGAUGCCGCCGCUGCUGCGGGUCCGCCGGCACCGGGGGACAAUCAGGGAGGACAGCCGGCUGCAGAGCUGCAGGCCAACGGAGUGGCAGUCGGCGCGCAGGCCGCGGGAGGAGCGGCGGCGCUCGACCACGACCUGCUGGAGGACAAUGACAGCAUAGAGUAUGACGAAGACGAGUGGGGGACUCAGAACGGCAGCGCGCUGAUAGAAGAAGACUAUAUCAAUGAUGACACAGACUCCACAGAGGACUGACGACAGAAGAGCUAUAGAUAAAUAAACAUAUAUCUUUAUUAUAUUUAAGUUAAGAAAUGAUAAAAGACAUCUUAAGCAUCUUAAUUUGCUCUUGAAAAAUGUCAGGGAUGUCUUUCUCUUGUUAGUUUCUUUACGUUUUUGAGUUUUACUCUACAAGGGCUCGUGGAAAGAGUAACUGCUGCUCUCGUUCUGUGUGUAUGCGUGCGCGUGUGUGUGUGCAUGCUGAAGCUGUAUGACAUAGACCAAAAAACUCCCAACUGCUCUUUUUAUUCGACAGUAUCUCCGGAGUUUGGAGAUCCUGAUAGAAAUCUUGCUAUGUGGGCACAGCUGUCUUUGCACCGUUUAUUUCCUGAUGCCAAUCAGAACGUUUAUAUUAAAAAUAAAUAUCAGACUAUCUGCAGCAGCAGAUUCUGCCUUGUUGGAGAUGGUGGUAGAAAUGCUUUUUACCAAGUGGAGAAAAGAAACAAAGCUGCACGUUGUUUUCUUUCUUUAGACUUUGUCACUUAUGAAACUAAACUUAUCUGGUUUGAAAUUUAGCUGAGCUCCUCCUUCGGGAUCCUUGUUUUGUGCACCUCUGGAAAGCUUUCAGAUUGUCUCUUAAUUUUUUUUUCAUUGCUAUGUGGUCUCUCCUGUUCUGACCACUCUGGGUUGCCUGUUGCAUUUCCUCCAAUUUGUCAAAACCAUGAAUUAAAUUUCAUUUUAAGGAAGGGAGGGGAGAGCUGAGCUGGAGGUUUUUAGAUUUACCAGUCCAUUACGCUACAACCCUCACCCUAUGGCCAUGACCAAAACAGGAAGAUCAACAAUACACGUGCCUCUCUUACAUUUGUAAUGGGUAGGCUGGCUGGGCUUAGCCUUAUGUGUGAUUCAUGUAUUCUGUUGGCAGCAGAAGCAGUCACAGACAGGAGGAAAUGGCAGUACUGAGCAGCCAGUCACUGUCAUUGUGAGCUGCGUUGAUGCAUUUCUAGGGAGGUGCAUGUCAGGUUAUGGCACAGGGUCUCAAAACCUUUUGCAGUUACAACAUAACUUAGAUUAAAUACAGAUGCAUGCGCUUCACUUAAGAAGCUCGGAGUAGAGCCGCUGCUCGUUCGUCUCAGGCCGAGCCAGCUGAGGUGGUUCAGGCGUCUGGUCAGAAUGCCUCCUGGACUCCUCCCUUCAGAGGUUUUCCAGACACACCCAGGUGCGAGGACACAUUACAGCAGACCUAUAAACAGAAUUGUAAAGUGUUUCUGGUGAGGAGGAUAUCUGCUUAGCCUGCUCCUACCACAACCCUCCUUCAGAUAAUGGUUGGACUGAUGUCAUGGAAAAAGUCACAGGGAGGCUAAUCUGGCUAGUAGGGUGGGCGGUGGAUGAUGACGUUUUAGUGAAGGUGGUUUGUGCCACGCACUCUCACGGCAUUACAGUAGAGCUUUGCAUAGACAGGCAGUUUGACCUUGGUGGACAAAUCCACCACCACCACCGAUCAGUAGUCCAAAACAAUGAGGCUACUUGAUCUGAUGUGCUGCCUUCAGAGAUCUCAUCCACACUGAUGAUUCUUAGUGUGAAAGUUGUCCGUUUGAAAAUGGAGUGUUCUGUCUGCGCUGGUUAAAGGUUCGUGGUUAAAAUAGAGAAACUGUAAAAGGUCUGAAAGUACAAAGCAUACUGAGUGGUUCAGAGGUGCACGGGGGGGUGAGGCUGAAGUGGGGAGCCUGGUGAAAUUUAAGUUAUGGUGGGAGUCUCCGAACAUAAAUGCACUUAAUAUGCAGCCCUGGUGUGUGUGUGUGUGUGUAUAAAGGUGAGCAUGGUCGUUUGUGUGCCUGCCGACUUGUAAUGUGAUAAGAUGGUGUCUUAAUAAUUUGGUUCAUGUUCCCUCGUGGUGUGCUGCAGGGAAAGAUGCUGGAGUGUUUAUUAACGACACAACUGAGGAGCGAUUUGAACAGAUUUUGAGCUGUAGUCAUUCUGCAGGAUUUGAGUUUUUAGAAAAGCUGUGAGCACAAACUCUGUAAACUCUGUCACGACUGAUUCAGCUGUUUUUAUUUGAAUAGACGAUUGAUCCCCAUCAAAGUUACCAUCUUUCGCCUCAGUGACGUUAAAUGUGUUUGAUUAGUUUCCUGUGUGUUAAAAUCACAUCUCCGACUUGCAGAUUGAUCACAGCUCAGGUUUGUGGUAAACUCGCUCAGCUUUUGUUUUUGUCCUUAAAUGCAAACCGAGUAUUUGUGAAUGAAGCAGGUAAGCGAAGCAGUACCCCAUCAGCUCUGCACCAACCAGAGAAAGCUGAGAGGUGUCUCUUUGGUUUUGUUUUUUUUUUAAAGGUGACAUUCUACUGUAAUCACUGAUAUACCUCUGUCAUUACUUACUACUGGUCUCUUGUGUGACCUUGCUUACAUUUGUGUACGUUAUUGUACAUUUAAUGAAACAAACACGUGCACACUUUUCCCCUUGACGCUACUUUCUACAUCAUUCUUUUAAGAAAUCAGUAUUGACGUUGGCUAAAAGCUUGUUUCAGACCUGGGAGCGGUUAAUAAGAGUGUGAAGGUGCGGUGGAAAGCACACCUGAAGAGUUAGAGUCCAAAAAUGUAUUUGGUGAAAUGAUUGCUAUGUUCAGUAACAGUCAUAAAAAUAUAGGAGGUGCCAGUUGUUUUGCAUUUCUUAAGGGAAAAAUCCACCCAUCAGUUUUAGUUGUUUUAAAAGAGUUGGAUGGAAUUUCUGUUCCCACACUGGUGGUUUUAUCAUUCACUAAAUGCACAUUUUCUUUCUAAUCACUGGUACAGACAGAUUUCUUGUUGUGUCCGAGCUACGAGGACGGCACUUUUUUAAAGGCUGAAACUGCGUUAGCAGCCACAGGCUGCAAGGCUGGAUUAAAGAAACUGGAAAAGAUCCAGACGUGCAACCUCUGAAGGCAGUGUGUGAUCAUGUUGUUAAAAAUUUGUUUAAAAUAAGAAAAUAUUUUUAUUUUCCUGAGGUUUAUACCUGCUGAUCUAAAAUUUUAAACUACUGGUCCAAAACGAAGCCCCGGCUGACACAGCUCCCUCAGCGACUACAGAGAUCUUUAAUGUGAAACUGUAUUAAAACUGGCUUUCAAGCACAACUCCACAAGUAUUAUGAUGUGUAGACUUCCACAGCCCAAACGUUUUAAAGGGUUUGACUACAAACUUGUGCUCUGUGCUGUUUUAAAAAAAAAAAAAAGGCUGCAAGGAAUCCAUUUAAUUCUUGCUCGAUAAGAGGAUAUGAUAUGUGAGGAAGUGUUGGGUCUAAUUUGAUUAGAAAGCUGUGCUUUUUUUGUUUCAGUAAUGAAGGACUUUGAUUAUUAGUUUGAUUGUUCUGAAAGCUUUUUAAAAGGUAAAAGCUGUUCAUUUUGCCUUUUGUUUUAAAAAAGAGAUUUAUGUAAAUAAAAUCAUCUUUGAUAUCGUAUCUGGA